UCCUGCUUCUCUCAAACCCCGCCCCCCCCCGGAAACUCCAGACCAGGACUGGAAACUCUGGUCCCGGACCAGCUGCUUCCUCCAGACUUGCUGACUGAGAUGACCCAGCAGAGCCGUGAGCAGCACUACCCGCUGUCAGAGCCUGCAAACCGGCUGCUCGUGCACGGUGCUGUGUCGGGGGCGCGCCCCGGGUUGACUCGUCCUACCGGAGCCAGAAGCGGCAGCGGCUCGGUGUGUGUGUGUGUGUGUGUGUGUGUGUGUGUGUGUGUGAUGCUCCGGAUCUCCUCACAGGAAAGACACACACACACACAUUGUGGAGGGAGGAGCAGCAGGAGAAGGAGCAGAAGGAGGUCUCAGCUUCCCCUCCGUCAGGAUUUCUUCACACGGACUCUCCGGAGCUUCUGACGGAUCCUCAGCACCGACUGAAGCGGUAGGUGGCACUGACUGGAUGAACUGGUCUGUUCAUCUAUCCAUUGAUCCAUUAAUCCAUCCCUUCAUCAGCCAGAGGAAGGAUCUGAUGAGACGACUGAAUACAGAGACGAGAAGAGACAACCUGCGAUGGCCAGUGCAGCUGAUGGUGUAGGUAGUCUGGGUGCUGAGCAGAACCACCUGAGUGUCCCUGUCACGGAUCAUGGAGCCUGGGCCACGGCCAUGAACAACCUGGGCAUCAUGCCUGUGGGCCUCAGCAGGCAGCAGCUUGUUUCAGACUCUGUGUGUAUCCAGAGGUUUGACACUGGUCUGGGACUCAUCACGCCCAUUAACCCCAUGAUGGCGGGCAUCAGCCUGGUCCCUCCCCCGCCCGUACCCCCUGACAUGCCAGUCAUCAAGGAGAUCAUUCACUGCCAGAGCUGCACUCUGUUCCCUCAGAACCCGAAUCUGCCCCCUCCAUCAACGCGGGAGCGCCCCCCCGGCUGUAAGACGGUGUUUGUGGGAGGUUUACCGGAGAACGCCACCGAGGAAAUCAUCAGAGAAAUGUUCGAUCAGUGCGGAGAGAUCAUUGCCAUCCGUAAGAGUAAGAAGAACUUCUGUCACAUCCGCUUCAGUGAAGAGUUCAUGGUGGACAAGGCUAUUUACCUGUCAGGGUAUCGGAUGCGUAUUGGAUCCAGCACUGAUAAGAAAGACUCAGGGAGGAUCCAUGUGGACUUCGCCCAGGCCAGAGACGACCUGUAUGAGUGGGAGUGUAAACAACGCCUAUUUGCCAGAGAGGAAAGACACCGCCGCAAGAUUCACGAAGACCGACUGCGGCUGCCGUCUCCUCCGCCUAUUGUCCAUUACUCCGAACACGAGGCAGCACUCUUGGCAGAGAGACUGAAAGAUGACCAUAAGUUCAGCGAGGCCACAGCAGUGCUUUUCUCCUGGAUUGACCGGGGUGAGGUCAACCGCCGGACAGCCAAUCACUUCUACUCCAUGAUCCAGUCAGCUAACAGCCAUGUCCGGCGGCUGAUGGGUGAGAAAGCUCAGCACGAGGAGGAGAUGGAGCGCGCCAAAGAGAUCUUCAAGAACGCCCUGAUGGCCAUUUUAACACAGUUCGAGCAGAUCACCACCGUUUUCACCGCCGCCACCAGGCAAAAGGCAUGGGACCAUUUCUCAAAAGCACAGCGCAAGAACAUAGACAUUUGGCGAAAGCAGUGCGAGGAGCUCAGAAACGCUCACAGCGAAGAGAUCAUGGGCAUCAGGCGAGAGGAGGAGAUGGAGAUGUCAGACGACGAUUUGGAUCAAAUUCCCUGUAAGAGGAUGCGUUCAGGAGAAAAUGGAGUGUAUGAUCAGUCUCAGGCGUCUCUGAAGGAGGAGAACGACUCCCUGCGUUGGCAGCUGGACGCCUACAGGAAUGAGGUGGAGCUUUUGAGGAAAGAACAGAACAAGUUGAACCGAGCAGACGACGAACACACACACACACACAGUCCUGAGGCUCAGAUCCAGCUGCUGCAGCAGAGCAUGAAUGACAUGCAGCAGCAACUCCUGAGUCUGCAGGAAAAGCUGACGCAUAAACAAGCUGAGCUGGAGCAGGCGAGGGAGGAACAUCGCUGCCUGGAGGGGGAAAUGAUCAGCCUGCGAGACAAGCUUUUGAACAGCAAUAUGGAGGCUGUGGAGGGAACUAAUGGAGAGCUACAUGAAAAGGGGAUGAAUGGCUGUGUUCCUUCAUUGUGCCUCAGCAGAGAGAGGAGGAGUGAGGUCAUCAUGAAAGGAGGAGUCACAUCUGAAAAGGAGGCUCUUCUGCUGGGAAUUAUAUCAACCUUUCUCCAUGUGCAUCCAUUUGGGGCUAACCUUGAGUAUCUGUGGUCGUACAUACAGAGACUGGACUCAAAGGUGACGGCGGGCGAGCUGGAGCGUCUUAUGGUCCGUCUGCCCACUAUGUUCAGGCAGGAGCUGAGUGGUGUCGGUGCAACCCUGGAGAAACGAUGGAAGUUCUGUGGUUUUGACAGCCUUGGUGCAGCUUGACGCAGGAAGAACGCACACACACAUACUGAGAAAACACACUGAACAGAUUAGACUUUUAACUGUGUGAGUGCGUUCGUCACAAAUAAUGUUGGAUACAUAGCAGUGUGUGCGACAGUGAUGUUCAUAGAAGCAAACACUGGAAACUGUGGAAGAUACAGAUGUUCAGCAGGAAAUCCCAAACAAAGACCACUUCCUGAUUUAAGGUUGAGGUGAAAUAAGUGAUGGUUCCACCAGAUCUUCGCCUCACUGCUUACAGUCAACACAAUGAACCACAACAGGAUCUUGUCCUCACUUUCUUCUCUACAGUGGUCCCCAGCAGCAACCCAUCGAUAGGAAGAGAGAGUAAAAUUGGAUCCUCCAUAAUUUGUCUUCAGAAAAAAGGCACGCCAAACCUUAUUUCAUUUAUCUACAAAAUGGAACCAGUUAUUGACUAUUUUGGCCAGAAAGUGGGUGUCUAAUCUGGCAGCAUGAUGGGACCACAGAGUGCCCACCCUCCCUCCCUGGUACUACAGGGUUUGUCUGGGGAAAAAAGCAGAAAGCCCCCAACUGGCAAAACAAAUCAAACUGAGGGAGUUUUUAACAUCAACUCUUUUCAAAUCUGUUGUCAGACAAAUUGAUGCACAGAUGCCUUUCAUCGAGACAGAUGCAUUUAGAAAAAUAUGACUGCUGUUGUAACAAUAUUGUUUAUCCGGAUGAACAUGGAGGGAAAUUCCUUCAGGGUUUGAAAUAAUCAGAAUAAUUUCUUCCUACUUGAGCUUCCUGCAGAGAUUGUAAACAUUAUCUAAAGUAGUGAAGGAGGAAAAGGGAAGCCUAAACCUAAAUAUGAGCUAUAAAGGAUUAUAUGAGGGAAAGAAAUAAAGUUUAUCAUUCCACUUAAUUUAUUUCAUUGUAACGUACGAAGGUGUUCACUGAAGGCAGCACUGAAGCCUAAUGCUGCCAUAACUUACAUGCCGUAUUUAAAUAUGAUGAAGUUGAAUAAUGGUCCUGACUGUGUCCUGCUUUUUGUAAAAUAUACUUUGAUAUAAGAGUUGAUAACAGUUUCCCUCUGAAUGGAGGGAAGAGUGGGGUGGAGAUAGAAAUGAAGGGAUGAAGAUACUGACUGGAUGAGACAUAUUUCCUAUUUUGUUGCUUUAAGCCACAUCUACUCUUUUCCGUCCAGAGUGCUGUACAUGUCAAAAUACAAAUGAUAAUUAACAGAUUUUAUUGUACACUUCCAUAAAGUUUUUUGUCAUUGUCUUUCUUAUUAAAAUAAAGUUUUUCCAUCAGCAGACA